AUGGCGUUUCUUCUUCCCAAUCUCUCUCCUUCUUUCCUUCUUCAGACAGGAAAAUCUUUCAAGGACAAACCCAUUUCGAACCAAGCUUUAUCAUCAUCAUCAUCUUCUUCUAAAACCCACGAAUUCGAAGAAGAUAGUACUCUCUCUCUACUUUCUCUUCCGGUCCAAGCUCCUCCUGUUCGAGGUUCGCAGGUUAAGACCAGACCUAGUGCUUCUGAUAAGCAACAACAUAGCAAAGAUGAGUUCUACAUCAACCUCGGUUUAGCUGUCCGAACUCUUCGUGAAGAUUUGCCUUUACUCUUCACCAAAGACCUCAAUUACGACAUUUACAGGGACGACAUAACAUUGGUGGAUCCAAUGAACACAUUCACUGGAAUUGAGAAUUACAAAUUGAUCUUUUGGGCACUUAGAUUUCAUGGCAAGAUUCUGUUUAGAGAUAUCUCACUUGAGAUUUUCAGGGUUUGGCAACCAUCAGAGAACAUGAUUCUCAUUAGGUGGAAUCUUAAAGGUGUACCUAGAGUUCCAUGGGAGGCAAAAGGAGAGUUUCAGGGUACUUCUCGGUAUAAACUCGAUCGAAACGGCAAAAUCUACGAGCAUAAAGUCGAUAACUUGGCUUUCAACUUCCCUCAUCAGCUCAAACCUGCUACUGCUUCUGUUUUGGAUUUGGUCACUGCUUGCCCUGCAAGUCCCAAUCCAACUUUCAUGUUUGGCAAUGCGGAUUCGUAUUCGUCUUCUUGGAUCGAGUUCUAUAAAGCGGUGCGAAGAACAUUAGACAAGCAAGAAGAGCAAAUCCUUGUUCAAGACCAUUUCGUUAUAUGUUCAUAG